CAGGUAUGGUAAGAAAGGAACGGGCAAAGAGCAAUCAGGUAGUCGCUCAGGUAUUUUCAGUCGAGCAUGAUCGGCGCUCUAGCUCUCUGGUCGAAAAGUUACUUCUCCUUCUCCUCCUCUAUCGCUUACUGUUUCGGUGUGCGCGUAUUGUGAAAAAUUUUGUGUAAAUAGGUAAGUAACCGAGGAUCGUGGAAGGAUUUUCGUUCGCGUCCGCGUGAGGUGUGAUUUUUGUCGUUUUCGCUUACGCCGACCUGCGUUCCGUACGGAUCCCGAGCCGCGGAACAGGGAUCCAGCGGGCUCGGGUGAAACGCUGCUGUCAAGAUAAAGGGAAAAGCAUUGUUCGGUCGCGAUGCCCUAUUACAACAGUGGACACAGCCCGUCCACUUACAACAAAGAUGGUGGGUCCAGCGGUCCGUCGAGCACAUCGGGCGGCCGCGUGAGCAGCUCCGAGCCGACGUACAUGAUGGAGCAUUUGGCCACGUUCACGGUCACGAAGGAAACCGGUAUUGUUUAUCCAGCAGACGGUAUGCGGCGACUUUUGCAGUUGGAGAAGAGUAACGGCAUAUGGAGCCAAAAGAUGCAGCUCCGUUUAGAACGGAACUGGGUAUUAAUCAUGGACAACGAGACGGGGGCCGUCAUGGAGCGAUUCCCAGCGUCGUUGAUACAGGAACCGACCGCGUUCACGUCGAGGGACCCUAUGGAGAUGUAUAACAACAUUCUCGUCUUCACAGUGGCGGAUGACAGCGGUUCGGGUCAACGGGCAGAAAUGCAUAUAUUCCAGUGUCAAAGCGUCUCGGCUCAGGACCUCGUCGAGGACCUCAAAAUGCUGCAAAUGGGUAAAUUGGUCCCGGGCGGUUCACCCAGAGGCCCAAGGGGUCGUAUACCACCGCCUCCCACUUUACCACCACCGGAACCACCCCUCAACGGGGUCAACGUCCGGGAGCAAGUGUCCGCCUUUAACGCUAACAAUGCCGACGGCCAGAACGAUAUAUCUCGCGAGGAGAACAACGACGAGGUGUCCUCGACGUCCUCUGAGAAAUAUGAACGUGACGUGACCAUCCUGAACCAUUGUUUCGACGACAUCGAGAAAUUUAUCGCGCGUCUGCAGCACGCGGCGGCUGCCUCCAAAGAGCUGGAACGUCGAAGGCGCAACCGGAAGUCGAAGAAGAGGAUGGGCGACGGGAUGUUGACCAUGAGGGCGAAGCCGCCGCCGGAGAUAGAAUUCAUCGACAUCUUCCAGAAGUUCAAGCUAUCGUUCAACCUGUUGGCUAAACUGAAGGCCCACAUUCACGAUCCCAACGCUCCCGAACUCGUCCAUUUCCUUUUCACUCCUCUGGCUCUGAUCGUGGACGCGUCCCACGAUACAAAUUACGACCCGAACUUGCCAAGCAAAGUAGUAUCACCGUUGCUGACCAGAGAAGCGGUCAACCUGUUGAUCAAUUGCGUAACCAGCAAGGAGACGGAGCUUUGGCAUUCCCUGGGCGACACGUGGUUGAUACCCCGUGAUCAAUGGAAGGGGCACGUACCCCCUUACCACCCUGUGUUCUUGGACGGCUGGUCCCCGAUUCCGGAGGACAGAGAUCACGAUCACCUGGCUUCUCUGUUGAACGCCGACAAACAGAAAAGGGACGAACUGCCGGAGCAGCAAAACGAUCCGUACUACAAUCACCGAGAAGUAGACGAGUCCCAUUACAGCAGCGACUACUUGGAGUAUGAAAGCAGGGAGGAGCGUGCCGGUAACGAAUACUUUGAUAGGAAUUACGGGCCCGGCUCUGAGCUGUACGGUAGGGAGGAGAGAGUGGUCGAUCAAACGAGAGCGCAUAGCGAUAUAUCCGUGGAUUCUAUCGAGAGAACACCGAGAGCCACUGGUAUGGAAAGAGCACAGGAAGCUUGGCUAGACGAUUUGGUAGCUAGACACGUCAAAAUCGUGCAAGUUACCUAUCCGAGGACGGCGAAUAACGACAAGGAAUUGACCGUCGUCAGAGGCGAAUACCUGGAGAUUCUCGACGACAGCAGGAAAUGGUGGAAGGCAAGGAAUUCAAGAGGGCAGGUUGCGCACGUGCCGCACACCAUCGUCACGCCUCACAAUCCCACCAAUUCAAACGACAACGACGUUUUCAACAAUCCUCUAUACACCAGCAGAUACCCGCGGCAGGGGCACGGUUAUAAUUACGAGGACUCAGAAAUCGAGAGGACCAGCACUAGUCCAGGACCGGAAGCUACUCACCGAACGCACGCGGUUCCUUUACCAGCGCCGGUAGAUUGGGUGAGGAAAGAGAGACUCGGUAAAAAAGGUGAAUUCCGAUACUUUUAAGCUAUCUAGCGACAAGGGCAGAGUCGCAUAGUUUUGUCCGUUGCUUGAGGGAUCGGAGAGAUGUCGAAUCGAUAGAAUAACUUGUGAGUCGUGGUCGUCCAUAUCGGGGAGAUUUAACAAAAGUAGACCACCCAAACAGUUGAUGUUAAAAUGGUUGAGGCUUUCACGUCUCGGGUGCUUGCAGUCGAGGCUAUCGAAGGUUCUUCAUUCCUCGAUAGCCCCAACUGGAUGAUAAAGCAUGCCACGUUAGAAAUGAUCAAUAAUUCACCGAAUAUAUUGGCGCCACGGCAUUUAUGUUGUGUCUCAAACCGCGCAUUUUGUCUUCGUCAGCAUUUUAUGGUUUCAAUUUUUUUAUGUCAACACCAUGUUUCUUCUACUUGUAUAUACUAUAUAAAUAUAUGAAGAGGUAUGUGCAAAUAAUAUCUAGGGCGAGUCGCCAACAAUCGUUAUCGCAAUAGGGGCAAGGUAUAACUGGACGAAUCAUUACACUUGUGAUUCCAAGUUUUCCAUGUUCUUCGGUCUUAUCCAAAGUUUCUUUUUAACAUAAUUUAUGGCAAAUAUUUCGAUUUUCAAAGAUAUCGUGAAGAAUUUUGAAAAGUAAAACGUAAAUUGUAUAGCAAUUGAAGUUUACUGCGAUGAAUCAGACGAUAAGACUGUGUCUUUAUCAGAAACAACUUUUCUAAUCAAAAAUAUAAUUUCACAAUCAUCGAGAUAUUAGAUCGAGUCAUAAUUAACUUCCUAUUAUGCAGCUGAGUAAAAAUUGUUCAUAUCUUCCAAUUAUGAGUCACUGGGAAAAAGGAAUUUGUCUGUUCACGGUAUAAACGAAAGUUGUGUUAGUCUUCUGUCAACUGUUUUGUGUGAUGCGCGUUACAUUAAACUGUUUUUCUUAAUACUGAAAUGGAGAGUAAAAACGUGCAUAUUCGUCAUGUAAUGCUUUGGGAGUUUAAACAAGGCAAUAGUGCUAAGGCCACAGCUGACAAAAUAUGCAGUUUAUAUGGUGAAGGAUUAAUAACUGAUCGGGUAGUUAAAGAUUGGUUUAUGAAAUUCCGUUCUGGAGAUACGACCUUGAAAAACGAACCGAGGGCGAGACGUUCUUCCUACUUUGACGACAACUUUUUAAAGGGAAUAGUCAAACAAAAUUCACGUGAAUCAACAAGAGGUAUAGUAGAAAAAUUGAACACAUCACAAUUUCACAAUCAAAUGUCAAUCGCCACUUGGAGAAAUUAGGGAAAGUGUUUGAUAAAAAAAAUGGAAGUUACUUAUGACUCGAAAAGAUUCGAUGGCUAAUAGAAUAGAACUUACUUUAUCGCUGUAUCCAACGAACAAAUCUUUUUGAUAUUGAACGGAACGAGAUCUUUUUCUUUAUAUUAAUUUAUAGUAUAUGUACUAUUAACUGGCAUUUAUAUAGAAAAUUUCGAGAUGAACUGAAACUAUUGUUACUUCAGAAAUCCGUCAGAAAUAAGUGCAUCUUAAUACCGUACCUUUUUAUAGCGAUCGUAGGGAUGAUACCAUAUUUUUUAUAUUUAUCGACUAACCAAAUCUUAGUAUAAAUAUAUUAUAUAUACAUAUACUUAACAGAAAGGAGAAUAUGUAUAGUUAUAUAUUAAAAAAUAUUUUAAUACAAAAGCGUUGAGUCAAGUGAACUGGUUAAGCUUCUAAAUCAUAAAAGAUUGUAAGUAGUAGUUUCUCGUUUGAAAUUAAAUACCCAAGUCCACUUGAACUAAACAAAUUUUUCUGUGCAACGUUUCUGCCGAGAGAUCGUGGCGAAGUUUCUUAGCCUGUCCACUAUUACUACAUCGGCUUCAUUGCGAGAAAAAGUUAGUCGCUGGUCGAAUGAAAACUGUUGAUUAAAAAUUUCCUCUGAAUGAUCGAUGAGAAUGCUCUUCGCGGUUCACGCGUUUAAUGGACUGUUACGACUUAUUUUUUAUUAACAGCUUUAAUGCUUGUACGUGUCGUCGCAUGCAUUUGUACGCAUUAGUGUGAAUAAGCUUGUACAAAUACGCGAAGGAAGGGAAGCGGGGCGAAGAGGAAGAUUCCUGAGCCUGAGGUCUCUCGAUUCUCCUUCUACGUAUCGCCACAUAAAACUUCCAUAUCGGACCCUAAUUUAGAUACGACGACAAUCAACAUUAAUUACUGCAAUUUGUUUGUCACUCUUCUAGCGUCGUUGUACUUAAGAGGAAAGCAAAAUGAACUCUGCGUACUCAAUUACAUUGCUUCGUUAUUGUGAAAAAUUUUGCGGAAACAGCAGGGUUUAGAUAAUGCGCAAUCACCGUAGGCGUUAUCGAUUUAUUCUUAUAUCCAAUUAUUUAUACACGGAAAUCAAUGACAGAGCCGUUCUCGACAAAAGCUACCGUGAUUAGUCGAUCUUAAGGAAAUUAGACAGAAGAAAUCAUGUAGGUGAAACUUGUUCAACGAUGCUUGCAAAUUAGAUCUCGAAAUUACUAUUUUACAUCCAUUUAAUAUUUAAUAUGUUCUAAUUAUGAUCUAACGAUUAUGAUUAACGAUGCGAGCAAGUCUCUAUGAACCGUGAAUAUUCUUCCACGAGGGACACUUUGUAAUUGAUAAUAAAAAUACGACACACUAUUGUUAAUCACUUCUCGAUCGAACGAAAUCUCUUUUUUUAAUUCUUUUACUUGUUUUGUGUCCACGGGAUGGGGAUUACAAUCCGUCCAGUAUUUCGUUGCACUGUAAUUUAUGUACAUCACUUGAUUAAUAAAUAUACUCGGUUACA